AGUCGGUUGUCUGGACCUGUGCCCUAGGGGGUGGAGUAGGCGCCAUUAAUCCAGAGCCUGUGUACCCUGCGGAAUGGAGAUGGAGCUGGACGACCAGGGGCGCAUGGUGGUGCGGCCGCUGCUCACCGACCUCUACCAGGCUACAAUGGGGCUGGGAUACUGGCGUGCAGGCCGGGCAUGUGAGGAAGCAGAGUUCGAACUCUUCUUCCGCCACUGCCCUUUCGGAGGUUCCUUUGCCCUGACCGCUGGCCUGCAGGACUGUAUACGCUUUCUUCGCGCCUUCCGUCUGCGCGAUGCAGAUGUGCAGUUCCUGGCUUCAGUGCUACCCCCAGACACUGACCCUGCGUUCUUCGAGCACCUUCGAGCCCUUGACUGCUCUCGGGUGUCGGUGCGAGCCCUGCCGGAGGGUUCCCUCGCUUUCCCUGGUGUGCCACUUCUGCAGGUGUCGGGGCCUCUUCUCCUGGUACAGCUGCUAGAGACUCCGCUGCUGUGUCUGGUCAGCUACGCUAGCCUCGUAGCCACCAAUGCUGCUCGGCUUCGCUUGAUUGCAGGACCGGACAAGAGACUAUUAGAGAUGGGCUUGCGGCGAGCUCAGGGUCCCGAUGGGGGCUUCACGGCCUCCAUUUACAGCUACCUGGGUGGGUUUGACAGCAGCAGCAACACACUUGCUGGACAACUGAGAGGUGUACCCGUGGCAGGGACCCAGGCCCACUCCUUUGUCACUUCAUUUUUGGGUAGUGAGGUACCCCCUGACCCGAUGUUGGCUCCAGCUUCUAGUGAGGGCCCUGCCGUGGACCUGCCUGCCAGUGUAAAUUUGUGGCUGAAGCGUGUGUGCACCUACUUGGGGCUAGAGGAGCAGGAGCCACAUCCGGGGGAACGUGCAGCAUUUGUGGCCUAUGCGCUGGCCUUCCCCCGGGCUUUCCAGGGCCUGCUAGAUUCCUACAGCGUACGCAGGAGUGGUCUUCCUAACUUCCUGGCAGUAGCCCUGGCACUUGGGGAGCUGGGCUACAGGGCAGUGGGUGUGAGGCUGGACAGCGGUGAUCUGCUUCAGCAGGCUAAGGAGAUCCGAGGGAUCUUUCGAACUGUUGGUGCUGAGUUCCAGAUGCCCUGGCUAGAGUCUGUUCCCAUUGCAGUCAGCAACAACAUUGACGAGAAGGAGCUGGCAAGGCUAGCCCAAAAGGGCAGUGAGGUGAACGUCAUCGGCAUUGGCACCAAUGUGGUCACUUGUCCCAAACAGCCUUCUAUGGGCUGUGUCUACAAGCUGGUGUCCGUGGGAGGCCAACCUCGAAUAAAGCUGACGGAGGAAUCUGAGAAGAGAACACUGCCAGGGAGCAAGGCUGCCUUCCGGUUCCUGGACUCUGAGGGGUCUUUGCUACUGGACCUACUGCAGUUAGCAGAAGAGCCCCCACCCAAGGCUGGGCAGGAACUCAGGGUAUGGCUUCAGGGGGCCCAGGAGCCCUGCACUGUGAAGCCAGCCCAGGUGGAGCCAUUGCUGCGACUGUACCUGCAACAGGGACAGCCGUAUGAACCACUUCCAUCUCUGGAUGAGUCCAGAGCCUUUGCCCAGCAGUCCCUGAGCCGCCUCCGACCUGCUCAUAAGCAGCUGCAGAACCCUGCUGUAUACCAGGUCGCAUUGUCAGAGAAGCUUCGGGCACUGGUGGACAGUCUGAGUGCUCGAGGUCCCCUGUGAAAAAGAUCACAAAGAACACAACUCUCUCUUCCCACAACUUUGUCUGCCACGUGUCAUUAGUUCACAAAUUUCUGCUGCUCACUUGGGACUUCCAGGGCUGGGCUGGAGUUAGGAGUAUGAGGAGGCGCAGACCCGGUGAAUAAAAAAAAAA